AUUACAAAACUUUAAAUUAAACCAUUUAUAUUAUUUUUUUUAUAAAAAAUAGGGUGAACAGACCAGGGCGAACGGACUCUAUGGGCGAACGGACCCAGGGCGAACAUGUAAUUAGGGCGAACGGACCCGAUACGGCUUGUUUCAUCUAAGUACUAUAGUUUCACCGAGUAAUGUCACACUACUUAGGUUAAUUUGUUUAGGCGCAGGAUCAGGAUUCUCCAGGGCUAAGUGUGUCUUGAAAUCGCCCUGAACUCUUUAAAUAUUCUCCUUAAAUAUCCGCUGUUCUCUUGUAUGUCUCUUUCUUUGCUGGUGCUAGUAGGGUAUGAAGAUCUAUUGGGAUGUUUUGUAUCUCCAACUGUCUUUUCUUCUCUUUCCUGAUGGUAUCUCAUACAAUUAAGUAGGAAGUGUUAAUUGAGGUAUAAUGCAGUUAUUAUCACAAACAUUUUUAAAGAGAUAUUGGAGCAUCUUUUUGCAUAUACCAUCUUCAGCUUUGACGAGUACUCAUUGGUGAUAUGUAAUUGCUUCUGACUUCCUGUGCUGCGUUUUGUGAAAAUUAGGAUUAUAAAUACAUGUACCUUAAUUGAGGUAUAAUUCACUAAUUGGUGGAUAUUCACAACUGGUUUCCUUCAGUCUGCAUCAGUUCCAAAUUGAAGAUUUGUUAUAGUCGAAAGGACAGCAAGAGACUAUAGAACAAAAUUAAAAUUUAAUAGAUGAAAACUCAGAAUUUAUAAGAAGAAAAGGAGGAUCAUACUAGUUUUGGUUUUCUCUAACAAAAUGCAGCUUGAAGUGUCAGAAUCAAUAAAAUGUCAUCCCUAAGUGGUCUUCAAAGCUUGAGAAUGCCAAAGAAGAAAGUAUGGACAAAUGAAGAAAGAGCAGAAUUGGCAAAGAAAUUAGAUGCUGAAUUGGAAGAAUAUGUUGCAGAUUGUAUAGCCAAACAAAAGGAGAAAAAUGAGAAAGAAGGAGAAAAAGAGAGUGACUUAAAUAUAGAAGACCUAGCAAAUCAUCCAGCUUUCAUGACAGAAGUAGAUUGGAGUAAACCAUUAACACCAGAAUUAGAAGCUUUGAUGAAACUCAAAUACGAGGAUGAAAACCCAACAGCUGGUGCAGAAGCAUAUAAAUUGGAUGGUAACCAUGAGUUUAAAAAGAAAAAAUAUGAUAUAGCUAUAGACAAUUACACAGAAGGAAUUAAAUGUAGAUGUCCUGAUAAAUUGCUGAAUGCUGUAUUAUAUACAAAUCGUGCAGCUGCACAAUUUCAUAGAGGAAAUUACAGAUCCUCCCUACAUGACUGUAUAUUUGCCAGAAAAUUCAAGUCAGAUCAUAUGAAAGCUAUUUUAAGGGGUGCUACAUGUUGUUUACAGUUAAAAAGAUAUGAUGAGGCUAGUAAAUGGUGUGAUACAGGUUUAUUGAUAGAAAAUGAAAAUGAAGAAUUGUUACAGAUGAAGUACAAGGCUGAAAAUUUAAAGAAAUCACUAGAGAGAGACAAACGAAAAGAGGAAGCAGCUGAAAGAAAAGAAAGAAAGGAAGAAGAAAAAAUCCUUGCAGUGAUACAGAGUAAAGGCGUACAGUUAGCAAGCAUGAAGACGAACAAAAAUACUGGUUUACAUCCUUCAUUGCUGACAAAUUUAGAAACUCAGAACCCUAGUGGUGCUAAGGUACAUGUGACCUCAGAUGGAACACUUAACUGGCCUGUAUUAUUUAUGUAUCCAGAACAUACUAUGACAGAUUAUGUUGAGGCUUUUAAUGAGACACAUACGUUUGAAGAACAUUUACAGAUGAUGUUUAGUGAUGGAUUUGAACAUCCACAAUGGGAUACUGACAGGAAAUAUACCACAGACAAAUUGCUGGUUUAUUUUGAAGACAGAGAAAAUGAAGUUAUGUACAAAGUGAACCAAAAGUCAACAUUAUUAAAAGUUUUACAACAUAAAAGACAUUUUGUUCAUGGUGGAACACCAUGUUUUGUUGUGACUGUAGAUGGUUCCAAGUAUCAAAAUGUGUUCAAGGAAAGACAUAAAAUAAUAAAUUCUUAAUAGUC